ACAAAUGUGGCCUCGCCAAUUCAGUCGAUUCCGUUUCACAUUCACGCGUCCACACGCGUUCCCACCAGAUAUUUCCCCUUCCCCUCUUCUUCUUCGUCCCUUUAUUAACCUUCCCCACUCACACCUCCAAAAGGACUCUUUCUUUUCAACGCCUUUUCUUCUUCGUCUUCAAAGUUGAAACCCUCUACAAAUUUCUCACCUUUUUCUUUAGAUUCGCCGCCACCCAGCAAAAUCAACGUCCCACUUUUCGGUAAUCACCCACAAAGUUUCCCGAAAAUGGUGAAACUGAGCAACAGUCUGCUCGGGAUUCUCAACGUUCUCACAUUCCUGAUCUCCAUCCCGAUCAUUGUCGCCGGCGUUUGGCUCUCCAAGCAGUCCAGCACGGAGUGCGAGCGGUUCCUCGAGAAGCCGGUGAUAGCCGUCGGAGUCAUCCUGUUGCUCUUCUCACUCGCCGGAAUCAUAGGCGCGUGUUGCAGAGUCUCGUGGCUUCUCUGGUUCUACCUCGCUGGAGUCUUCGUCCUCAUCGUGGUCCUCUUCAGCUUCACAAUCUUCGCGUUUGUGGUCACCAACAGAGGGGCGGGUGAAGCGAUUUCUGGGAAAGGGUAUAAGGAGUAUAGGUUUGGGGAUUACUCUCACUGGUUGCAGAAGAGGGUUAAUAAAAACUGGGAUCGUAUCAGUAACUGCCUCCAGGACAGUAAGGUUUGCCAGAAGUUGGCUGAUGAUAAGAUUGGCGAGGACAAUUUCUACAAAGAACGCCUUUCUUCCCUUCAGUCCGGCUGCUGCAAGCCAUCAAGCGACUGCAACUUCACAUACGUGAGCCCAACAAACUGGAUCAAGACUUCUCAGCCCAAUCGCCAAAAUGCGGACUGUGAUCUUUGGAGCAACGACCCAAAAGCCUUGUGCUACAGCUGCCAGUCAUGCAAAGCCGGGCUGAUCGACAACAUCAAGACGGACUGGAAGAAGGUGGCAAAGAUCAACAUCGCCUUCCUCGUCAUCCUCAUCAUUGUCUACUCGGUGGGUUGCUGCGCUUUCAGGAACAACAGGCGGAAGGAGUAUUCCUCUUUCAGGCCUUAAUUACCACCACCCUUGUGAUUGCAUUCUUAUUAUUAAUCCCCUGUUUUGAUUUGUUGCCGGGGAGUGUGUAGAUGCUCUACUCUUCUUUUAUUGUACAGUAGAACCAUUUUGCAGGUUGUGUUGAAUUGCUACAUUGUAUUUCCUUGGUUUUUUAGUUGGACUGAGAAUAAUUGCUGAACAUUUGUGCUUUGCUUGUUUACGUUGGUGAAUAAAGUAGAUUCUUGUAAAUCAGAAACAAUCAAUUCUCUUUUUUUCAUGAAAUUCUGUAAUGGUCGUGAAGCAGCUCACACAAAUUUCCUAUACAUUGUUUGGUUUUGGUAUCUUAUUAUAUUGAGUAUUGACCUAUUCUUCCAUCUUCGAC